CAUGUGGGCAUUAUCUUUACGACCUCCUCGCCGUGGAGUAGACGCGAAAGGACGAACGCAUGCGCGAUACGCGGCCCGGAACACGGAGAACACCGAAACCGGAGAACCUGUUAUCAAAGAAACGGUGGCUACCGUACCGGGCCAAUUAUCAUCCGACUCGAAACGAACCAAGGUCUGAUCCCAGACGCGAGUUUCACUCGCCCUUAAUUUCUCAUCGAGGAAUCCCUCCCAAUAAACGUGGCUUCUUCGUGAACUCGUUGCGAGUCGGUGGAUCAACGAGAUGGUCGAAGACUAUCGUUUCGAGAGUCUGCGAGCGAUCGAAGCGCAGGAUGACGGAUCGCGGACUGUUUAACGGGGUCUUUGAGGAAGUUGGAGGAACCUUGUGGGGAUUAUCGAGCGGUUGACGGUGAUUGUUCGUAUAAUCGACGAGCGAAGAUAAUCGAUCGUUAGUGGUGGUGUAGAUGGUCUCUUUUUGAGACGAAUAUCGGAGAGUGAGUGAUGAGAUUUGGUGCGUGAAAGUGUUGCAGAGUCGAUACGGAGGAAAACGGUGGUGAUUGGGAUCGAAGAAAUUGUCGUGGUUCGAGGAAUCGUUGUUCCGGAGUCGUAGCGAGGUCUUUCGAAUGGAACGAUGACUUUUUUAAUCUUCUUGAAUCUUUUUGAAUAAAAUCCGAGCCGAACGAACGAUCAAAACGUUUCACGAUCGAAAGCCGAUGAUCGUACGAAAGCUGAGAAUUUUGGAGAUCUUGCGAGAAACGACGUUGAAAAAUUUCUUUACGAAUUGGUCAUUUUUGUCGAACAAUCCGCGAUCGAAAGCUGGUAAACGCGAGUGAGAAAGUCGAAUUUCAGAGACCAUCGAUCGGUUUUAUUUUUAAAACGAGCAGUUUCGUUGUGAAAUUUUCUCGAAAUAAUCUCGACUCGACUGAAUAAUUCAAACGACCCAGUAUUAAUGACCGAAGACUGUACGCGAUAUAGCCGAACUUUGGAAUCCCGUAGAGCUUUUAAAACACUUUUAUCUUUGCAAAGAAUAACGUUUAAACGUUUCCCUCCCGAAGCAGCGGUUUUUCGUCGAAUUCAUUCUCAACGCGUAUCGAAGCUAAAGGUAAAAGCUGCCGCAAAUAACAGGAAAAUCAAAGUAAUUCGCAUCGUAAGCGAAACACUGAAAUAAACAAAAGCGAAUUGUACAAAUAUAGAUCUGAUUAAGCAAAGCCGCUAAAAAGAGAAUCGAGAUACCGUGGAAACAGACGUUGAACGAAAGCAAACUAGUCUGGGAUUUAACAAGCUAUAGGAUGCCAGAACGAUCGCAGUUAGGUUAAAAUCGUAAUCUACAACGAGUGUAAAAAGCCAAUUUCACGAGCAAUCGUUACACUUUAAUACGCAAAUCGACAGAUUCAACGUCGGUCUUUAACAAUUUCUCGCGAAAAAGGUGGCGAGAUGAUGAAGCUAUUCCGGGAUGAAGUGGUUUGAUUCUAGAUAAUGAUAUCUCGGCUAAGAGGAUGGAAGAGCCAAGUCGUCGUGAUGCUUCAAUGUCUUAAAGUGUAACGUCUGUUGCCGCUACAGAACGAGACGGCUAUUUAUUCGUUCCACUCUUAACCCUUGCUUGGAAACAGGGGCAAAAGAGGAGUGCAAGAACUUUGGUAAAUUGUAGUGAUCGGCCGGCUGUCGGCUUGUAACCACCGGUUACUUGAAAAGUCAGCACGAUUUAUCUCGUGACUCACGCUUCUAGAUCGAACCGAACAUUAAUUAAACGCGAAUACAUUCGCUCUUUGGUCUUUAGUGAUUUUCGCUUUCGAACGCGAACAUCGCGUGUCUGGAGGUUUGUUCUCGCGUUUCGAACGUAAUUUCAAACGCGAUUGGCUCGAAAAAAAAUAAAGGAAUUUUUUAAUAAGUGACUUGUUCCAGCGCUCUUGGCAUGGUCGCAGGAAGUUUAGAUUUCGAACUCGAGCCUGUGGACGAUUCUCGAGAUAAAUUGCAAAUUGAAAUAUAUUGCAAAUUUUUGCUUCGAAUUUCCAGUGAAUUUUGCAAGUUAAACGACGCGACGUCAAACAACGUUCAGAGAUAGGAUCUAAGAAAAGGGGCGGGAUUUGUUCGUAAAAGUUAUCUACCUUUGGUCACUUUUGGAAUUUUAGAGACAACUGGCAAAGGAAAAGUGCGAAUUUACUAUUGAGAGGAUAUUCGAAAAGAUCAGCGUGGAUAUUAUAAAUCGCGACCUAAUAGUUUCUGCGACUUCAAAGUCAAUCGCUAGUUUCUGCGAAGCAAUCCUGAAUGCGGUUGAAGCAAAGAGGAUUCAAACGUCUUUCAAAGUCGAUUAGAUCGCGCUCGACAACUUCUUCCUCGAAGCGAAGCAAUUAAAAGCAAGAAACUCAUGUACUUUAAUGUUAGAUCCCUGAAAUGUCUAUGGUGCGGUGAACGACUGCCGCGGUACGCUUUUAAGGAGUACGAAAGAAGAAGAGCUUACUUAGAUCCCUCGAACAUCGAUCACGCACUCGGUAGCUUCUUCGCGCGAUUUUAAGAAGAAUUCAAAGGGGAGAAACUUUUUAAGGACGAGUUUUAACGAUAACUCGUUUGGAAGGCAAUCAUCGACUUGCUCAUAACCAUUUUAAGAGAGUGCGGUGCGAGCUUUAACAGCGUAUAUACUGGUAGAACGAUCGCGAGAGAAAAGAUAUUUGGUGAUUAUUUUAGAAACAUUUUUGGACGAACUUAAAAAAAGAAAGACUAUGCCUAGCAACGUUCAUUGCUCCCGAAUAACACGAAGACCGAUCAAUCCCAGCACCCUGAAAACUCGAUCGGGCGAUCGUCGACACAAAUUUGCCAGAAAUUCGACUAAAGAGCAAAAACCUACGCGUUGUUCGCAACGAUAACGCGAAUCGUUUCUUCCAAACAAAACUCUAAACAAUUAGACGAACCGUAAAAAGAGUCGUAAGUUGGAAGAAGAAGACUGGUCCAAAUUCCUUCGCGUGCAUACCAAACUCUUCCACCGUUGUUCCAGUUCAAAGAAACAGAAGUUGUCAUUAUCAAAUGCCGAUUCCGUCCGCCAUUAAACAUCGCUACCGCGUCGUUUAAGGAUCCGAAGGAUCCAGAGCGCGUCGCAAAAUCUCGUGGCUCGAUCGACGGCAUUCUUUCGUCGCGGAGAAAGCGUUGCCGGUUUUAUCGGGUUGCGCUCGAUGAUUUAUGAAAACGCGGAUCGCGCGUAAUUACUCGUUCGUGUGACCGAUCGUGGAUCUGGAAGAAGGAAGCCACUGCGCGGGAGAUCGAGGGAAAGAUCCGCUUUCGCGACCGGUUGCCAGUUUUUCAGACGCAAGAUGGGAAACGGCAGUCCUUAGGUAGCUCGAUUCAGCGACGAUGAAGGGGAUCAGCCGCUUGUUACUCGGGGUGGUCGGAGCAGUGGUGGUUGGGGCGGCCGUCUGCGGGCGUAUUCCCGGACUGGCUAAGAGUCAACGGGAGCAGUGCAGAAAAGCGCCGCACGCGAUGCCUGCGGUGGGCGAAGGCGCGGAGCUUGGACUUCGCGAAUGCCGACAUCAGUUCAGACAUCACCGAUGGAACUGUUCCCACGUGGCGAACGAUCAGGUCUUCGGCCACGUGGUCGUAGUAGGAAGCAGGGAAGCAGCUUUCACGUACGCGAUAAGUUCAGCGGGUGUAACGUACGCCGUGACCGCAGCUUGCAGCAGAGGCAACAUCACCGCAUGCGGUUGCGAACCGACCGUAAGGACGAGGAAGGAGUUGCCGGCAAAUGGCUGGGAAUGGGGCGGUUGCAGCGCGGACGUCACCUACGGGAUGAGGUUCGCGCGUAGGUUUCUGGACGCGAGGGAAGUCGAGGGUGACGCGAGGAGCCUGAUGAACCUUCAUAACAAUAAAGCAGGACGGAAGAUAGUUAAAGCUCUGCUGCAAACAGAGUGCAAAUGUCACGGCGUGUCCGGUUCUUGCACCGUGAGAACCUGCUGGCGAACCUUGCCUAGUUUUCGUCAGAUCGGCGAUGCACUGAUGAAAAAGUAUUACAGAGCCAGGCCCGUGAUAGCGAUUACCCCACCGCCACCCCCUACGAUGCAGAGUCUAGAUACGUUGCAUUCAACGUCGGCUGAAAUAGUGCCGAUCUUGGGGAACGACGCGAAAACUCAGGGAAAACCAAACGACGUUGGAAAGACUCGACACGAUCGACAACCCCCAAAGAAAGCAACGAAACCGAGGAGGCCACACUUGGUAUUAAAAAGGACAAAGUCAAGCGGGGGUUCGAGCGUGGGACAGAAAAGGAUUCCAAAGAGAAGCGACCUUGUAUUUUUACAACCCUCGCCUAAUUAUUGCGAGCCAGAUUUGGCGCAAGGUAGUCUAGGAACCCAAGGCAGAUAUUGCAAUCGUACUAGCAAAGGUACGGACGGAUGCGAUCUAAUGUGCUGUGGUCGCGGCUACAACACACAUCAAUUCACAAGAACGUGGCAGUGCAGAUGCAAAUUUCACUGGUGCUGCCGCGUGCAUUGUGAAACGUGCACAGAGCGUACCGAGGAGUACACGUGCAAAUAAACGUAUUUCGAACGUAUUGGCGAUUUUAACCAUGUAAAUAUAUGUAGUAGACAUAAGAAAUGGCGACGAGAGUUUCUCUACAUCGAUAUAUCCGCGAACUUUGUUGCAUUUCGUCGGAAAUUAUUCAACAUCGACCUCAACAUGCUGUUCCUGUAAAGUUAACGAGCGUAAUAACGGUACUCGACAAAGCGUUCCUUUUCCUGCUUAAUUUAAUCGACUUGUAUGCUUAAGACGACGAUAGAUACACGAUUAAAUUCAAUUUUUCUAAAGCUCUCGUUAUUUAAUGUGAUAGUCGAUAGUGCGUAAUUGUAGAGACGAUAUUCACUCUCUAUAUUCAUGAUAAUAAGCGAUAAAAUGCGAAAGGUGAAUGGCGAACUGUCGAACGUUUAAUAAGGGAUAGCUUUGAAAAAUUCGAAGAGCUUGAGUUACCAGUUUUGAAACGAUAUAAAAGAAACUGAAUGAACCGAUUUCAUAAUAUUAAUUAUACACGAAUAAUUAAGAUAACUUCGAUUAUUUGUCCAACAACUUAUUCAACCAUACACGUUGAAAAUUGAAGUAAUAUGUUGAAAAUAAUAAUACGGUUGAAAUAAAAAGGAAUAAAAAUAUCUUAAGCAAUAGAAAAGGAUAAAGAUCUAGUUUAUUUUAUAUUCAAAUUAAUUGUUAAAAAAUUUAAAUAAUUAAUGAAUCCGAGAGCAUCGAAAUUGAAAUUCAAUUUUCGAUACUCGCAUUGAUCAAUUACUGCCGCUAUUUUCUACAACUUAAUUCCAUAAGCAAAACUCGUAUUAAGGGGGGGGGGGGGCUAAGGUUAAUUCGUACAAAAAUAAGGCAUGUUUUCGUGAAUAAUUUGUGACGACACAGUUAAACUUUUUUUAUUAAAACCAAUAGUACGUUAAAGUAUGACAUUCGAAGAAUAUUGUAUAAAAUUUUCACGGAGAAAUAUUAAAAAAUACGGCAAUGGCAGUAAUUAUUCGGACGUGUCUCGGAAAAAAGUAGAAUUGCUCAUAACUUGGUGCUGGAUCAUCUGAAAUCAAAAAAUCAAAGUUCAUUCGUUAGGUAACAGUUUUCCCCAGGUAACGCUGGGAGGGUUUUUCGAAAUUUCAAUUUUUCACUUUUUUGGAACACUUUGAAGGGAAAAUUAGCCGCAAAUUUUUCAACAAAUUUUCGCAAAAUCAGCUAAUGACAAUAAAUCAUUCUUUCAAGCAGAAGGAAAACGGGAACUAUUAAUGCUUUUGAAUUAUAUAGCUACCUCUUGUCCUCUCCCUGAACCUACCUAGAAGGAGUUUACCACUCGUCAUCGUAACCCUCCGCCAAAUACCAACAAUAAGAAGCUGUCCCUUGAUGAUAAAAUAUAUUCAAAGCCAACGAUAUUUACAAUAUAAUCAUCGGAAUAGCUCAAGCGAUCGACAACUAUAUCGAUCAAAUAUUUCUCUGCUGUACUUACUAUAUACUUAAUACGACGAUUGUGUAAUUAAUGCAUAAGAAAUAAUAAGGCGAUGGUAGAUGUAUCGUUCAAUGUUUCAAUAUGUCGGAGACGAAAGGACGCCGGGGCCCCUCCUAACCUCCUAACAUUGUAAUCUAGAGUCUACUAUAGCCGUAAUGAAACAAUCGCAGUUAUCCAAGCCGAUGGUAACUGUUCGGGAUUAGCGACGGUGAACUUUGGCUCGGGACGACAGCCUGCCGCCCAACGUAGCCACGGUCAACGGGACGGGCGCUCCGUCUAACAAAGGUGCGGACCGGUUUCGCAUACCUGCUGCACAAUACGUCUGUCCUUUAAACCGUGUUUCAUACACCAAACAAAUGAACAACUGCUUAGGCUUUAUCAGCCUGGUAAUAAGGGGGCCCC